AUGACGAUACUACAACUGCAACAUGGAGCCAAUGUGCUCUUGUGGAACCAUGUCAAGAUUAAGCGUUCUGCAGUGGUCUUAACCAAUCUGCAGAUGGAAACAUCUUUACGACGGCUUUUCUUGGCCGAGCCUCGUGGGCAUUGUUGGGGGCAUUGA